AUGGGGAAAGACGCGAAAUCCGGCGAAUCAUGGGAGGACCGUAUAGCGGAACUAAGAGCGCAACAACGAGUAGUUCGUACUCCAAAUGUCAAGGAUCCAGGGUACAUCCGACAGAAAGAAGCAGGAAAACUGUGGGUUCGAGAACGGGUAGAUGCGUUACUGGACAAGGGAUCAUUUAACGAAGUUGGUUCGGUCACCGGAAAGCCGGUCUACGAUGAAAAAACUGGCGAACUCGUCUCGUUCAUUCCCUCGAAUCUAAUUACGGGUUGGGGUAGAGUGGACGGAAGAAAAGUUUUCAUAACGGCUGAUGAUUUCAGUGUGAGGGGAGGACAUGCAGAUGGUGGUAUUGCGCACAAGGCACCUCACGGCGAGAUCCUCGCAAGGAAGUUCCGCGUACCCCUGAUCCGACUACUUGAUGGUUCAAGCGGUGGAGGAAGUGUCACUACGUAUCUCUCAUCUGGAUCAACAUAUAUCCCCGUUCUUGCUGGGCUCGGCCAAAGUCUUGACGCGCUAGCGGUUGUGCCAGUCGCUUCGGCGUUACUGGGGCCUGUGGUUGGGUUAGCUGCUGCAAAAGCUGCCACUAGCCAUUUCAGUGUUAUGGUUCGCGGACUCAGCCAGUUCUUUGCGGCCGGCCCACCCGUAGUCAAGGAAGCGACGUUUGAAAACCUCACGAAAGAACAACUUGGCGGGUGGGAGAUUCAUGGGCAGAAUGGUUCCGUGGAUAACGUCGUCAACACUGAAUUAGAAGCAUUUCAAGAGAUUCGGCAAUUCAUAUCCUUUCUCCCGUCAAACAUCUUCACCUUGCCACCAAGCUCUGAAAGUAAUGAUCCGGCGAGUAGACGCGAAGAAGAGCUUCUCGGCAUCAUUCCCAAGAGACGAGGAAGAACAUACGAUAUGAGGAAGGUUAUCAGGUUGAUUGUUGAUGUUGUUAUGGAGGGUGCAGGGACCAGUAGCUUCUUUGAGAUUGGGAGUGGGUGGGGGAGAAAUGCCAUCACUGGCUUGGCACAGGUAGCAGGAAAGCCUGUUGGUGUUAUUGCUAGCGAUUGUACGGUGAAUGGCGGUGCAAUAGAUGCAUUUGGCUCACAGAAAAUGGCAAGGUUUAUCAACCUUUGCAACCACUUCCAUAUUCCGAUCCUCAACCUUGUCGACCAGCCUGGUUUCGCAAUCGGCUCUCUUGCGGAAAGAAUGGCCACGAUCAGACACGGGGCAUCUGCGAUGGCAGCGAUUUACAACGCAUCUGUUCCAAUAUUCACUAUCAUUAUCCGUCGGUCGUUCGGUGUUGCGGGUAGUAUUUUUGGAGAUCCAGAAGAUGGGAGAAACUUUCGGGUAGCUUGGCCGUCAGCAGACUGGGGUUCCCUACCACUUGAAGGUGGCAUCGAGGCAGCUUAUAAACGUCAACUGAAUGCAACGAAAAGCCCUGAAGACCGGAUGAAACUGAUGAAUGAACUUUUGGACAAGUUCGAGCCGGUGCGAAAUCCGAUACGAUUCGCGAACAAGUUCGGUGUGGAGGAGAUCGUGGAUCCGAGGGAUACGAGACCGCUGGUAUGUGAUUGGAUCUCGCACGCAUACGAGUGUAUCCUACCUCAGCUCGUGACAUUGAGUGCCGCCUCGUAUGGGCUGGAUGGAAAGCUAUCGAGUGGUAAGGGGUAUAAGCUGUAA